AUGGAUACGACAACAAGACCACAAAGUUCUCCACCGGCUCCUCCACCAAAGCCAAAAAAUAAAAUACAAAACGGAUCAGAACAACAUCAGCUUUCGUACAAUGAGCACAAUAGUUCUCCAACAUAUAACAACAAUAAUAACAAUAACAACAACAAUAAUAAUAUAGACAAUUAUCAUCACCAAAAUAAUAUCAAAAAUAAUAAUUACUACACAACUGUACCGCCAAGCGAUGAGCAAGUCGUUAUGACUCCGAAAGGAAAGACAUCAAACUCCACUGUAAUUUUAAUUGAAAGGAAAUUGGUAGAAAAAGUUGAUGAUAGAGUUCACGUAGCUGGAGGAGAUCAUCAAGGAAUUAUUAUUAAUAAAGAUAUUGUAAAAGAUCAAAAAUCAGCAAAAGUUGCACCGCAUUUAACAUUAGAAUUCCGAGUUUUCUUGGUAAGCGCAAAAACAGAGCAACAUACACAAGAAUCACGAACAAUUCGCUUUUGGUUUAGAGAAUGGCUUAAAGAUGGCGAAUUAAAGGCACAAGUUGCACAAGAUUUCUUCAGAGAACUCGUCUCACCCAAAGAAUUCCCAAGAGAUUAUGUUGGGUUCAUAAAAAAGAUAAUGAAGCUGAUGCAGAAAGGUUACAACGAAAUUCAAUCAGUUGAAAUUGAGCUGAGAAUACUUGAGCAAACAUCCGCACCACCAUCACGUCCACCUCGUCCCGGUCAUUUAAUUUAUUGCUUUGGUGAUUUUGAUAGUAAAUAUUGUCGAGGCUUAUCAGGAAGCGCAGUUUCAAUUGAAAAUGAUGAGUUUGAAAUCAUACCCUUGACACCGGAAAAAGUACUUGAACUUAUUGAACAAGCAUAUCCAAACCCAGUUGCCGUAGACGAUCUUGCAAGAGACUACGGUUGGCCAGAAGAUGAGGUCUAUAGAAUUUUAUUGUCAUUACAACAGCGUGGUCUCAUCAAGUCAAUGGAAUUCAAUUCAUUCACAAGAAUUCAUCAUGAAGAUAAAGAAAUAAAAGUCGUUAAACAAAUGCCAACAAUUGCAUCAAAUAAACAGCCAACGAUUGCCAUUAUUACAGCACAAUAUUGUGAGAAAAUUGCCGUUGAUUCAAUGUUGGAAAAUAAGGAAACAUUUGUGCGAUAUACGACAGUAGGUGAAUCGAAUGUUUAUACACUUGGAAAUAUUGGAGCACAUCGUAUUGUGAGCACAAAAUUGCCGUCAGUUGGAAGCUCACGUGAGGCAUCGAUUGCAGCUGGAAAUACAUGCACAAGAUUACUUGGUACUUUCCAGAAAGUUGAUUUUGUUUUCAUUGUUGGUGUCGCUGGCGGAAUUCCCCAUUAUACAGAUUAUAAGAAGCAUGUACGACUUGGUGAUGUGGUUGUUUCGUCAAUUCCAUCAGACCACAGUUUAAUGAGCAGUGAAACUAAAGAAAAGCCAUAUUGCUAUGUUUACAGUAAUGAAGAAGAAUUGAAAACUUAUUAUCCAGUAAAUCCAUGUCUUCAAGAUAUCGCAAAAUCAUUACAUGCACAGGUUAAUGGUAAACCUUGGGAAUCAUAUUAUGAAGAAGGUUUAGUGCAUUUAAGAGAGAAAAUUGAUAAUGACUAUUCAAGACCAGCUGCAAACACUGACAAACUUUAUAUGAACAUUGGAAAUCGUGACGUAAUUGAAGUUCAACAUCCUCUUCCACAAGACACAACAGACGCUAGUGAAAUUCCAACGAUGAGGCUUCAUUUAGGACCUAUCGGCAGCGGCUAUGAUUUAGUUAAAUCUGAUACAUUGAGAACUGAAUUUUCAAAGAAAUAUGGCUUAUUGGCAACAGAUGUUGAAUUAAAUUCUGUUUUUGACAGCAUUGUUGGUAAUUGCCGGGACAGCUUUCUUCUCGUCGCUGGAAUAUCAGACUAUAAAGACGGUACAACAACAAAGAAAUGGCAAAAUUAUGCUUCACUUUCAGCUGCAGCUGUAACUAAGGCAAUCAUUUGCGCUAUGGACGCACCGAAAAAUGUUUAA